UAUGUUCACUAACUAUUAUAUAAACACUUAGCUACCAAACACUAUAUAACAACUAUAUAACAUUCACAUAACCAAAAAUAACUUCCAAGAAAAGAAAAAAGGAGAAUCUUUAGAAACCCAUAUUGAGAGAAAAAUGGCAAAAGAAGGUCUUGGACUUGAAAUCACUGAGCUAAGGCUUGGAUUACCAGGAGGUGAUCAGGGUAUUAAGAAUGAGAAGAAAAGGGUUUUCUCUGAAGUUUCCGGCGAUGAAGGCAAUAGUGCCUCCUCCACCACCACCACUUGUGACCAGAAAAUUCCAACAAAGAGUCAAGUUGUUGGGUGGCCACCGGUUUGCUCCUAUAGGAAAAGGAAUAGCUUUAAUGAGAAAGAAAGGCUUGAAACUUCAAAACUGUACGUGAAAGUUAGCAUGGAUGGUGCUCCUUUUCUUAGAAAGAUUGACUUGGGUACUCACAAAGAGUACUCAGAUCUUGUUCUUGCUCUGGAGAAGCUUUUUGGCUGCUUUGGCAUCGGCAAAGCUUUGAAAGAUGCAGACAGCAGUGACUACGUUCCCAUAUAUGAGGACAAGGAUGGAGACUGGAUGCUUGUGGGAGAUGUCCCCUGGGAGAUGUUUACAGAGUCAUGCAAGAGACUAAGGAUCAUGAAGAGAUCGGAGGCCAAAUGUUUUGGACUGCAGCAGAAAGGUGCUCUUAAGGGAAUCACAAACGAGGAUCGUAACUAAAUAUAGUAAUAUUUAAGUGGAGAAUUUGACAGGAAUUCCUCGUUUGUAGACACUUCUUUUAUUAUAUGUUUAAUUAUAGUGGUUGCCUAUUUAUUUCUUGAAUUAAGAUGAUGAAUCUUCAUCAUAGAUAUGACUGUAAGACUUUAAAUAGGAACAAGGACAAGUUGCUUGCUUAAUUACCAGCUUUUGUUGCUAUUACUGUUAUUGGAAAAUCAAAAAUUACCAUAUUCAAUAUGGGAUUUGAUUUCCAAUUAUAAUAUUUUAUUUGAUUCUA